UCAAGAUCGGUUCAUCUGACGCGGUUUAUUUCAGGUAAAGCUUGUGUUUAUAGCCUGUAAUUACGAGUGUUUGACUGAGAAUACAAAAAGCACAUCUGUAACGCUGGCGGCUUUGUAACCUGCUCCCCCCUUGUCCCCUUUCCAUCUCGGCCGCUCACAACCGAAGACCUGAGCUCUGUGGCGCAGCGUUCCCCGGGCUGGUUAAUGAGCAGGUUAAUGAGCAGGUUAAUGAGCAGGUUAAUGAGCAGGGCCUUGCAGGCGCUGCUCGGACUUUUUCCUCUCUCACGGUGACAGUAAAACUGCGUGGCCACAGACAGACGUGGUUUCUAAGCCGCAGCCGUUUUGCCCGUUUCUAUAACCGCGUUCUUCUCUUCCGCCGCCUUUCACGGCUCCGACGGGCCGCGCUCCGCCGCCGCCAUCUUGGGCGCGGGCCGCCUGCGCGCUGGGGGCGGCACCGAGCGCCUGCGCCGUGGGGCGGGCGGCGCGUGCGCGGAGGCGGUGGCGGGAGAUGGCGGCGCCCGGCGCUGAGGGGACCGGGGCGGACUCGGACGGCGGCAGCGAGGAACUGGUGCUCACCCCGGCGCAGCUCAUCCGCAGCCUGGAGCAGGCCUGGCUGAAUGAGAAGUUUGCCCCAGAGCUGCUGGAGAGCAAACCUGAGAUCAUUGAGUGUGUCGUGGAGCAGCUGGACCACAUGGAGGCAAACCUGAAGCGGGCGAAGAGGGGAGACUUGAAGGUCAGCGUUCACCGCAUGGAGAUUGAAAGGAUCCGUUAUGUGCUCAGUAGCUACUUGCGGUGUAGGCUUGUGAAGAUAGAGAAGUAUUUCCCCCAUGUACUGGAGAAGGAGAAGUCUCGAGCCGAAGGGGAGCCUUCUAUUCUGUCACCAGAGGAGUUUGCUUUUGCUAAAGAGUACAUGGCAAACACAGAGACCUAUCUGAAAAACGUGGCCUUAAAACACAUGCCGCCCAACCUGCAGAAAGUGUCGCUCCUAAAAUCAGUUCCAAAGCCCAACCUGGACUCCUUUGUGUUCCUCCGGGUGUUGGAGCGGCAGGAGAACAUCCUGGUCGAGCCAGAGACAGAUGAGCAGAGGGAGUACACCAUCGACCUGGAGGAGGGCUCGCAGCACCUGAUCCGCUACAGGACCAUUGCCCCGCUGGUGGCCUCGGGAGCCGUGCAGCUCAUCUGAGGGGCGAGCGGCUCUUCCCAGGUGUACAGCGCCCGGGCCGU